AUGGGAAAUAAUGCUUCUAAAAAAGAAGAAGAGCUAAAAAAAUAAAAAGAAUUAGAAGAAAAGAAAAGAGAUAAUGAAGAUAAACAAAAAGCAGAAUAAUAAAAAUAAAUUGAUAUAGCUGUACGUUUUUUGGCUUAGCCUAGUGUAUAGAAAACUCCGGAAAUAGAAAAAAGGAUAUUUUUAAGAAAAAAAGGUUUAUAAUAAAAACUUCUAAUUGCAAAAUAAUAGGGAUUCCUAAGUUUAAGAAAUGAGAAUAUAGAAGAAUUAAAUCCAGAAAUUUUCGAUAUUGAUAAAUGUUUAAAAUUAUAAAGUUUAACUUUAAGAAAUAAUAAUAUUUCCCUUAUUCCUAAAUCAAUCACUAAUUUAUAAAAUUUGAAAAUUUUUAUAAUAUAAGGAAAUAAUUUAGAUUAAGAAACAGUUGAAAUUAUGAAAAAUAAAGGAAUUCAAGGAUUAUUUUAAUACUUAAAAGAAACAUAUUGA